AUCUCCUUUUUGACCUUUUUUCAUCUGCUUUUUCAGUGAGUGCGCUGUGAUGGUGCGUCUCCUCUGAGGCUUCUAUUCCCCACAAAGAAAUAAAGAAAGAAAGAAAGAAAGAAAGAAAGUUUAGUGGGCAAGAACAAGAGAGAUGGGUGGUAGCUCUGAGAAUUUUCUCCAAGUUCUGGCCAAAAACUUUGAUGUUCUUGCUCUACCUCUGGUCACUCUUGUUUACCCCUUAUAUGCAUCAAUCAAGGCUAUAGAGACAAAAUCUCGAACAGAUGACCAGCAAUGGCUAACCUAUUGGGUUCUGUAUUCAAUGAUGACCAUAUUCGAGCUAACAUUUUCCAAAAUCCUGGAAUGUAUCCCAAUCUGGCCUUUCGCCAAGCUGAUACUGAGCUGCUGGUUGGUCCUGCCACAGUUCAACGGAGCAGCACACGUUUAUCAACGCUUCAUCAGACCAGUCUACCUGAACCCACAAACUGCUCAGAAAAUCUGGUACGUUCCUCGGAAGAAGGACAUUUUCAGUAAGCCAGAUGACAUUUUAACAGCUGCUGAGAAAUAUAUGGAAGAUCACGGAACUGAGGCUUUUGAGAGGCUUAUAACUAAGGCUGAUAGAGAGGAAAGAGCCAGGAGGAGCGGCAAUUACAUGAUCUUUGAUGAUGAUUAUAUAUAUUGAACUUUAGUAUGUGGGAAGAGCAUCGUUGCUGUUGUUGUUUGUGUGAUCUUAUGCAUGAAAUGAAGCUGUAGCUAUGGCUAUUUUAAGAACGAAAUGAAGCUGUUGGUCUACUGUCUA